AUGAGUAACCAGGGUGACAAAGACUUGUCCGAACCAAGUCAAGUACCAGACGGUCAAAAGCGGAGAAUUACUUGGUCAAAUAAAGUUUUUCAAGACACUGUAAAUGACAAACUUGAAAUGGCAAUUUGUAAACGUAGCAAACUGAUUGCACUUCUAAAAAAAAUCGAAGAAUGCGAAGAUUAUAUUAUCGAAAGGCACAUGAACGAACUGAUGCAGGUCACAAAUGAGUAUGAACUCAUUACUUAUGAACUGAAAUGUUUGUUUGAACAAGACAAUUAUGGGGAUUUUAAAGAAGAAGCUGAGCAGACUGUUAGCCAGGCACAUAGUAUGAUUAAAAAAGCGAAAACUAAUCAAUCUGACAGACGCUCAGAGGCCCCCUCUAGGCGCUCAAGAUCACAUUCACACCACAGCCGCCGAUCAUCUUCCUCAACAAGUAGUUACACUAGACUAAACGCUCUAGCAGAAGCUGCUGCAGCCCGUGAAAGCGCAGAAUAUGAACGGGUGAUGACAAGAAAAGAACAUGACUGUCGCCAGCGAGAAUUGGAGCAUGCAAAAGAAAUGGCAAUAUUAAUCGCAGACAAGAAAGUAGCUAUUGCCAACGCAAAGCUUAAAGCUAUUGAAGAAGCAUUGCAAGAAGAGGAGUUAGGAGAGAGAGUCAAUAUUCCGGAAAUUCCGGAGAUGGGAGUUGAGGAGAGAACGGAUGACUGGGUAAACUCAGUCGUCUCACAAGAAAAUGCUUUGCCUGGGACAAACCCCUCACCCUUUGUUAAUGUCCCCUACGACCCCACUGUUCCCCACAACCCCACCACAAACCUCGGUGGUACAGUUCCAGCAACAGGUAUCCCCUACGACCCCCUUGUUCCCCACAACCCCACCACAAACCUCGGCGGUACAGUUCCAGCAACAAGUGUCCCUUAUGACUCCCUUGUUCCCCAUGAUCCCACCACAAACCUUGGUAUAGUUCCAGUGAAGAGUGUCCUUCACGACCCCCUUGUUUCCCAUGGCACCACCACAAAUAUUGGCAGUACAGUUCCACUAUGGAGUGUUAGUAACAGCUCUUAUCGAACACCUAGCCAGGCAUUCAUUUCCCAAUUUAGUCAAAUUGGAGACGCAACCGGAAGUCAAUUAAUAGAGUUGUUGAUGUCAGCUAAUCAGCAAGUGGCCGCUGGCCUAGCAAGACAAAACUUGCCUAAAUGUCAUCCAGACAUUUUCAGUGGUGAUGCAACACUCUUCCACCCCUGGAAACAAGCUUUUAAAGCUAUGAUUAAAGACACAUCCGUCACUGCAGAACAAGAGAUCAAUUAUCUACGUAGUUUCACUUGUGGAGAAGUCCAGCGUGUUGUAGACAAUUUUAGAAAACGUAAUCAUAAUGACCCCACAAGCCUUCUUCAGAACCUUUGGAAAGAAUUAGAGACACGUUUUGGAAGCCCAGCCGUCAUAACAAAUGCCUUGUUGGAGCAUUUACACAGCUCGUCGAAUUUCCACGAAAAAGAUUAUGCCAAACUUCAAGAAUUUGCAGAUCUGUGUGCAGACGUGGACAGUCAAAUUGACAACCUACCUGGUUUAGCUUGUCUGCACUACCCUGGAGCUAUUCGUCCAAUCAUUGAAAAAUUACCGGUAUCCCUUAGAACGAAGUGGGAAAAGGAAUUGUUAAACAUGCGGAAAGUCACCAUGAUGCAUAUCCAGGCUUUAAUAUUUUCACUCGGGUAG